AUGGUUCCUUUGGGCAGGGGGCCGGAGGAGCUGGAGCGCUGCCUGUUCGCUGAGACGCUGGAGGUGGUGGCAGCAGGGGGACAGCCAAGGGAACAGGCAGGGGGACAGUGGUGGGUGGCAGCCCGGUGGGCACCCUACGAGCGGGCAGGCCAGCCGGUGCAGAGCUGCCUCAUGGUGCAAGCUGGCUCCCAUGCCCGGCAGGACGGCGUGCCCUGCUCCAGCACCCUCAAAGCCUACGUGACCCCACAGCUGGAGACUCUGGAGCAGGAGGAGCAGGAGCGCCUGGAGCUCAGACCACACCCUGUAGAGAGGAGGACCCACAUGGUGAGCCACCAGCAUGGGAUGACUAUCACCAAGACCCUCCUGGAGGGAGAGGCAGAGCCGCAGUGCUGGAGCUUCUCCUACAGCCAGGCUGAGCUGCGGGGGCUGCUGCUGGAGGGUGCCAGCUUCCUGCUGCUGCGGGUGCUGGCGUGCCAGCAAGCCGUGCCCCCCGGCCUCGUCUUCCCACCCAUCAACACCAAGGGCCACCUCUGCACCUCCAGCUACCGCGCCCUGGGCACCCGGCGGCAGGCGGUGGGCUCAGUGGAGGCAGAGGGGUUUGUGAUCGAGCGAGCCCUGCACGGCCACAUGGGGAUCUCCGCCGUCAUGUCCCGUGGGGUCGAGCCCCAACACCCCUUCCCAAAACAACCCCUGGACUGGGAGGAGGACAUCCAGCUCUGGUCCUGGUUCCUGGACAGAAAGGAGGAGCUGCAAGCAUCCCACGCUGCCUACAUCCAGCAGCACCCUGAGCUCCGGGCGCUGCUGGCCGACUUCCUCCAGGCCCUGCUCCUACAGCAACCCCACGACCCCGUCUCCUUCGCUGCCCAAUUCUUCGCCCCCUUCGCCUGUCAGCAGCCCCCUGAGACACCCUUUGCCUCCACCGGGGCUGCAAGCCCCCUCCCUGCCCCCCAGCCUCGCCACCCUCUGGCUAACGGGGAAUAA